AUGUUCCCAAAGUGUAAGGUUUCUCCUAACGAGGUCUCUGUUCCUGACGAGGUCUCUGUUCCUGACGAGGUCUCUGUUCCUGACGAGGUCUCUGUUCCUGACGAGGUCUCUGUUCCUGACGAGGUCUCUGUUCCUGACGAGGUCUCUGUUCCUGACGAGGUCUCUGUUCCUGACGAGGUCUCUGUUCCUGACGAGGUCUCUGUUCCUGACGAGGUCUCUGUUCCUGACGAGGUCUCUGUUCCUGACGAGGUCUCUGUUCCUGACGAAGGCUCUGUCCCUAAAGAGGAUCCUUGCCUAACGGGGCUCUGUCACCAACGAGGAUUCUUUUCCCAACGAGGACUCUGUCGCAGACGCCCUGGUACGAUGCCUCCUGAAUCUGUGGACGACAGUGCCUCGACUACAAAGGAUACUCUGAGUCUCUUUGGGGCUGCCAGAGACAAGUUUCUCGAGUCCCUGUCCCCUGAGGAUAAGAAGCUAUACUCGCCCUGCGCUUCGAGUGACGACUUCGUCAAGGCCAUUGACAAACUAAAGACUGCGGCGGGUAGAACCUCCAAGAAGGCUGCCAAGGGGCUGAAAUGUCUUUAUACUCUAAACACUUUCUUCCAGCCUUAUUUUGAUGUUGUGGGGAUUUUCAUUCAGUGCAAUCCAGAAGUCUCCGCCAUAUUCUGGGGAACUCUCCGCCUAGUUCUCGAGUUGUCUGGUCGGAUUGAGACGUUCUUCGAAAAGCUUCUCGAGCUCCUCGUCCACCUUCGAGAUGCGUUUCCCAGGUACGCUGACGUGGUCAGCCUGUGCAAAGAUGCCGAUUCUGAAAGAAUUCGACAAAACGUGUUGGAAGUAUACCUGGACAUGUUUGAGAUAUUCCAGGCCGCGGUAAAAGUAUUUACGAAGUCAAGUGGAAGUGCACUCCUUUGGAAGCCAUUCGAUAUCAGGUUCAACAGUCUGAUCCAGAAAAUGAAUGUCCACAGAGAAAACAUCGAUGCGGAGGUCAGGAUAUGGAAGCUGAAGCGGGACGAUCACAACUACACGGAAACGAUGAUUUGGCGCAAGUAUAUCGGCCAAGAGCUGAAAGGUACAAAGGAAGAGUGCCGUGUGUUGUCUGAAGAAAAACGACUCAGCGACCUGGAAAAAGAGGCAGACUUGGAAUCAAGAAAGGAGAUUCUAGCUAUCCUGCGGGAGAUCCUGGCUGAGAAACGGAAAUUAGAGGAGCGUCGUCUUGAAGAAACAUUUGAACGAAUCCAAAAGUGGCUCGACUCUUCAGGCUCGGCUGGAAUUAGAGAAACAAAUUCGCGGCUCAGAGAACCUAAUACCGGAGAGUGGAUUUUGGAUGAUGCUCAAUUCAAAUCAUGGAUUCAACCAACAACAAACGAGACGAAGAGCCAACAAAUUCGGCGGUUUGGGAAAAACAUGCUAUGGGUUCAAGGCAAUCCUGGAUCUGGAAAAUCAGUUCUCGCGACAUUUCUACUGGAUCAUUUAGAGACAGAAGAAGAUGAAUAUGGAGAGAAAAGAUACAAGGUCUUGUAUCAUUUUUUCCACUUCAAUCACCCCGAGACUAUCACACCUAGCUCAGCUUUUAAGUCCCUUCUGCAACAAAUUCUUUGGCAAGGACGACACGAUCCAUUAAUUGUGGAUAAGUUUCUCUUCCUGAUGACUUGUCAAAAGGAAAGCGCUCCAUCUCUGGUAGCAGAAAGUCCCUCGGCUCUGAUUUCAUUUCUCCAGUCGUGUGUUGAUGAUCAAACAAUCAUUGUAAUCGACGGCGUUGAUGAAUGUUCAAACCACGAGGAAUUUGUCAAAGGUCUUCUAGAAGCUACGAAGGCUUCGUCGACUAGAGUACUGGCAUUGAGUCGUAUACACGUAAAACGGCUACAACAAUCGGUCUCUCCAGAACACCAUUUGCCAUUGCCGAAAGAUAAGAUGGAGUCAGACAUUCGUCUAUUCAGUUACCGAGAACUAGAGGAACUAAUCGAAGAUGGAAUUCUACCGGACUAUGCCGACGGGUGCCUCGACGAACUACUUGAUCGUAUGGCUCUUGGAGCUGAUGGGAUGUUCUUAUGGGCUCGCCUAAUGAUCUCAUUUAUCCAAUCUCUCGCACAUUCCAAAGGCAAAAGAAUGAGGAUAUUGCAAGAGAUUGGGUUUCCUGAAGGCUUGGAACAAAUGUACCAGCGCAUUUUCCGCCACAUUCGGAACUCAGGCGAAACAGCAUAUAAGCUGGCAACUCACCUUCUGAUCUGGUUGAAGUAUCGCGCAACAGCCAUGAGCACCAAACAAACUCGCCAGGCAUUAUCUAAUGCAGCUAUUUGGUCCGUGGGAGAACGGCCUGACGAUAUAUUGGACUUUGAAAAGGCGGCACUUAUUGCGUGUGCGGGUUUAGUGGAAAUUUCUCCCUUGCCAUCCAAUUCGGAGGCUAUCAACAUUCUGAAAUUUUCACACCUUUCGGCCAAGGAAGCGCUCGAUUGGCCAAAUUCAAUAUUAGAACCAGAGGAUCAAGCUGGGCAGCCAAGGUUUCAAAUGGCUCCUGCUUCAGCUUCUUUCGCGAUGAAUCUACGCUUGGCAACACAAUGCCUUCGACAAUUGCUUUACCAUACUCCUAUAUAA